CUGCACGCUGGCCGCUGUAUGGACGUUCUCCGUCGCUUUAAAGAGAACGGCAAGGAAAAGGUGGAAAAUAGGACUUCUCUAAAAUAUUCAUAUGACUUGUGGAAGGCUGAGAUACGUUUUGUCGUUGAGCAUCCGCGUGUCGGGAUUCGUGCACGUAUAGUGAAAUACGACAGUUUGUGGAGAGAAAUGCGAGGAAACGCAGCGGCAGCGGGACGUUGACUCCGAACCGGGGAAUAUCGACCGGUUCUGGUCGGUGUGAAGAGAUGAGCGGCUCUACUCGGCUGUCAUAGAUAUAGCUACGGCAGCCCAGGGCACCGUUUUCACGCCGUUUUCACACAGUUUUCACACCGUCCGACUGUCAAACGCAACCGCAACGUUCGGACCCUGCCUGGGUGUUUCGAAAUGUUUCGUGAUGCUUUCUGAGCGCCAUGAGAACAGAGUGAACGCAUUCCCGCCUUUUUUGACGCUUUCGUAACGUACAAGUAUCGGUCUGGACAUUUGCGCUCUUUGCAAGAAAAAUAUACAAAUACCGCCUACUUAUUUCUCAGGAAUUCCUUGAAAAGUACUGGGGCACUGUGCAAUGCUUGGACAAUCUCCUCACCUCAUCGGGGGGAUCUUGUGGAUCCAGAAUCCCAUGAGAGCUGUCCACUGCAACCUCAGCCAUAAUGGUAUAGAUCACCAGGUUUGCUCAGAGGAGGUACCAUCCCACCUGGAGGAGGAGGGUCUGGACCAGGCUCCUGGCCUGGAUGACAUCAGCCCUGGCUUCCAGGACCCGAGAGGGAGCCCCCGACUUCAGCAGGCCUCCGAGGUGGAUGGCCCAAGGGCAGGAGCUGUGAAACUGACCAAGCCGGUGGCCCUGUGGACACAGCAAGACGUCUGCAAAUGGCUCAAAAAGCACUGUCCCCACCAAUAUCAGAUCUACAGCAACUCUUUCAAGCAGCAUGACAUCACAGGGCGGGCGCUCAUGCGGCUGACAGACAAGAAGCUGGAGCGCAUGGGCAUCAUGCAGGAGAGCCAGCGGCAGCACGUCCUGCAGCAGGUGCUGCAGUUGCGGGUACGAGAGGAGGUGCGCAACCUGCAGCUGCUGACGCAAGCCUCCCUGGAGAGUUCCCCAUAGACCGGCAUUCCAGGAAACCACACCAGCCGCCACGCAGCCCCCCAUCAUGCCCCCAACCGGUGUAUUCCAGGACCGCAUCUCAUCAAGUGAACCCCACCCUGUGAUCCAGCCUCCUACAGUUACAGAGCGGACCCCGCUCACCUUAUUAUUACCCAGACCGCGCAAGUGACAACACGGUUUGGGCACAAAUCACACUUCCACCGCCAGUAAUCCCACAAAAACAUGAAAAGGACAAAAAAAAGAACACACCAGAGCUUUCGUCACGGUGAAAAGUAUGUGUAUGUUCACUCUUCAGAAGUAGCACUUUCAUAUCUAUCUUUCCACACACACGGUAGGUGCAUACCCAAACUGCUAGAGUGAGCUGUGAUUUCGUCCUGUGGUAGGGUCAGCAGGUCAGUCAUGGUGGAAAGCUGCCAGCAUAUCAGGUAUUUUAGCCUUUACUCUUUGAAGCAAGCCCUUCCGUUUCGUCCGCAACUGACAUGAUGAUGCUCGAUUUCACGAAUCGAAAAUAAAUAACGAAGGUAAUUAAUUCCUUUGAUCGUCUACUGUUGCAUUUUCUCGUGCUGUGCGGUUUCUCUCUAAAGGGGAGUCUUCGUGCCCCGUCCCCCCGCCUCCCCAUUACAAUCGUUCACUGUGACUCCAACCGGCUGUCUUAAAAAGACCAGUACCCCACUUAGGCACUGAGAGCAGUGCUUUGUCACCUGGGACGCGGGUGAAAGGCCUGUCAGACUCGGAGCUCGCCUAGAUCCACGGAGGACGAGAGCAGAAGGUGCAGAAGAUCAAAAGACACUCCUCUGGCCAGAGUUGGCAUUCUUGUCCCCUCUUGCUGCUUGUGACUCUUUCUAGACGUGAGAUACCGUUUCAAAUGGAGUGUAGAACGCAUACACGCGGCGCUGUACGAGACGCGGAAGUAGGAAAUUAGUUGACUGUUUAUAAAGAAACACUUCGCUACAUGUUGCUGUCCUGCAAAACCUCCAUCUCCAUCUCCGGUAGACGAUAGGGAAAUUUGUUUUAAAGCACACAGUUACACGGGCAGUCCUGUUGUUGCCCGACCAUUCUCACCUGUGUCUUUACGCUCACGCAGAAACCGUGGGAUGGGAUCGAUGUAGUACCGGUGGCCGGUAAUGUCGGCCCGGCGGUCGAUGUUAUUUUCAUUUUUAGCACUUUACGCAUCCGUUUCAGGGGCUUCUCCUGAUAGCGAAUUGCAUGGCAACUAGGAGGAUUUCUUAGGGAUGUUGGGAGGAAUGUAGCAGAGGGUGAAAAUCCACAGAGGCAUGGAAAAGCCCACUCAGCCUUCUCAAAUAUGGAGACAAGCUGUUGUUUGGUAAUCAGCAGGUUGUACGUGUCUCGCUAGGGGGAAUUUGCCUUGGACGUGCUAUUACGAUGUUGUGUAAUGUUUUUCAACUCCCAGAAAAGGUUGUAAAUAAGGGCAACAUCAUGGUAACUGUCCUCUCAGCAAUAUAUAGAAGAGCAUCCAAGUGAAAAGUAGCAGCCAGCUUUACCAUGUUAGAAAACUCUGGAAAUAUAACCUGUUUAGCAUUUAGCACUAUUACUCUUUUCUCGUUUCUAUGUAGGAAAUGUCACUGCAUUUUGUUGCCAAGGUGACACUUACCAUGGAAUUACCCCAUGAGACACAUAUCAUGUGACUAUUACACUGUUUAACGUAGGCUAAUCUGAAGGUACCCGUUAGCUUCCUUUUUGCGGAAAAGAACAAAACGGUUUUAAAUUCGCACGGUCUGCAGUGACCUUUUAAAGGCAGGACUUUCCGUUGUCGCGUUUCGGUUCAAGAAAAGCUGGUUUUCGUUAAAGGUUUUUCCACGCGAGUCUGUCAACGCAGGCUCUCCCGGCAUGUGCUUAGACUCGCUGCGAGUUUUCGUCGCGUCACCACAAUAUUUAGCACUUUGACGCUCGCCGUUGGCGGCGCCCGCUUUCCUCCUGUCCUUUCGCACAUGUCACUCAUAACACUGCUAUGGAAAUGAGUAUUUCUGCCACUGUACAACAUGACAGCAUGUUUUGUAUUACUUUCUGGUGUUUUAUACAACGGGCAUGCGAACUACGUCUUUGACAAGCUGAGCAACUCUUAAUUUUCCUCCAUCUCCGUGAAGGGUGCCUGAUCAUGGAUUGUUACUGUGAACCUGUGAAUAAU